AUGCCAAGCGCCAUUUGGGUUGGUGGGGCGCUGGUGGCUGCCGCCAGCAUUGCCCUUCCGAGCUAUUGGCGGACAGCCAGUGCCAGGGAAGCAGCCAGAGUAUGGACCAGGACAAUUGAAUCGCCUAGUGUGCUGCAGCCUGGGGACGCAACAGAGGCGGCAAUUGCUGGGAGAGAUUGCGCUGACAAGGUGGUGGAUGGAGCUGUUGCGGAGUCUUUGUAUCGUGAGGGCCGUUUCUAUGGGCUGUCGUUGUUGCAGAAUGCAGUUUGCCCAGAAAUGGUGAAGCUGAUGCGGGCGGACAGCCUUAAACUGCACCAGCUGGGCCGAUUGACACCUUCAGGUGAUCCAGAUGAGCCACAGUUGUCCGAGCAGUACAAGAAGUACUUUGGCAGCCUGCCUGUACUGACCAUCCUGAAGCCAGAGGAUGCAGCUGCAGAAGGCCUGCUCGGCUUGGCAUUCGGAGGAUCGUUCCUCAGUGGUCUUUGUCUCCGCAUCGGUGAGCUGACUGGACAGACGCUGGAACCUGGCACCUUGCAGCUUGCGUGCUAUGAUGGGGAGGGAGUCUCCUACCAAGUGCAUGAGGACUACGUGCCCAAGGAGGAUUACGACCCCGAAAGACUGCCAGAGCACCAUCGGUUCUCCUACAAACGCCGCAUCACGAUCAUCUUGUACCUGCAGGAUCAAUGGUCAGAAGGGCUUGGAGGAGCUUUCCGGGCUCAUGCUGUUCGUCCUGAGGGAGAACCAGAUCUGCAGAAUUUUGUGGACGUCUUGCCAGAUGGUGGGUCCCUGGUCAUGUUCCGCUCGGACAUGCCGCAUGAGGUGCUGCCCACCUUCGGUCAGCGCUUCGCGCUGUCCAUGUGGUGCCAUGCUGGGUGA